AUGGGAAUUAAACAUUUGUACCAAGUAAUACAGGAGAAUGCUCCCGAUGCAGUCAAAGCGGGUGAAAUAAAAAAUCAUUUCGGCCGGAAGGUUGCAAUUGAUGCCUCCAUGAGCAUCUACAGUUUUCUCGUCGCCGUCCGCUCAGAUGGCCAACAGCUUAUGAGCGAAACCGGUGAGACAACUUCACAUCUUAUGGGCAUGUUCUACCGCACACUCCGCAUCGUUGAGAAUGGUAUUAAGCCUGUUUAUGUAUUCGACGGUGCCCCUCCAAAACUCAAGUCGGGAGAACUGGCUAAACGAUUUAUGCGCAAGUCCGAGGCCGCAGAAGCACAUGAGGAGGCAAAGGAAGUUGGCACUGCAGAAGAUGUGGAAAAAUUCUCGAGACGAACGGUUAGAGUAACGCGCGAACAUAAUGAGGAAUGUAAAAAGUUAUUGAAGCUUAUGGGUGUACCCUACAUCAACGCCCCAACUGAGGCGGAGGCGCAAUGUGCUGUGCUUGCAAGAGCAGGAAAGGUUUAUGCGGCGGCGUCAGAGGAUAUGGAUACACUGUGCUUUGAUUCACCAAUCUUGCUACGACAUCUGACGUUCAGUGAGCAACGGAAGGAACCAAUUCUAGAAAUACAUCUGGAUCGCGUCCUAGAGGGUUUGGAUAUGGAUCGGAAGCAGUUCGUCGACCUCUGCAUUCUCCUUGGCUGUGACUACCUUGAUCCCAUUCCCAAAGUAGGCCCCAAUACCGCCCUAAAAUUAAUCCGUGACCACGGCUCCUUGGAAAAGGUCGUAGAGGCCAUCCAAUCCGAUCCGAAGAAAAAAUAUACCAUCCCCGAAGACUGGCCAUAUAAAGAUGCUCGAGAACUCUUCUUUGACCCGGAUGUCCGCAAAGCAGACCACCCCGACUGCAAUUUUAAGUGGGAGGCGCCUGAUGUCGAAGGAUUGGUGAAAUUCCUCGUUGAAGAGAAAGCAUUUAGCGAGGAUCGAGUACGAAACGGCGCGGCGCGGCUUCAGAAAAACUUAAAAACAGCGCAGCAAUCUCGGCUGGAAGGGUUUUUCAAGCCGAUUGCGAAGACUGAACAGGAAAAAGCUACUCUGAAGCGCAAGCAUGAAGAAAAGCUGGAGUUGCAGAAAAAGAAAAAGAAAGAGGAGGCAAAGGCCAAAAAGGAGGCGAAGUCCAAACCCAGAGGAGCUGUGUGA